AAGAGUGCAUAUUUAGCUUAAUAUACUUUGUCUGGCAAUCCCCAAGGAGGACAAGAAAGGGAAUUAUAGUAAUCCUCUCCUCCAAUAUUUGUAUUAACUUAUUUAUGCAAUAAUCAAUGGCCUAUACCCAACAUCGUAAUUAUGUACAUUUAUAUACUUAUAUGUGACCUGUAUUAGCACUACCUUUUAGCAUUCAAUUUUCCAACAGCUUAAAACAUUUUUAUACAUUUGCUUAGUUGAAAGGGAUUUAAAACUAUUGAACAUGAAAUGAGGUAUGAAUAUUUUAUCUAAUUGUUGCUGUAGAUAUUUAAAUUUAUGAAUAAGUCCUUAAUACAUUGAACAUUUGAAAACCUAUUAUUGUUUUGAAAGGAAACCAAAAUAAAUUCUAAUGCCUUUUAUCAUUCACACGAACUUCUUUAUCUGUUGGUAUUUGGAUCACUUAUAGAGGCACUCCAUUCCUUGAAAGAAUGUGUCGGAGCAUUUUAUUGAAUUUGAUGAACGUUACUUUAGCUGACGUAAACAAUCGUGUAUUUAAAUGAUCAUAAUUUUACCAAAGAGCGGUAGGGAACUGACAAGGCAGAAUUUGGCCGCUGUUCAACUCUUGGUCCUAGUUAUGUUGUUCCGUGUGUGCAGACAUCGUCCUAUUGAUAAGUCACCGUUAAAUGAAAAAUUAUUACCAACAAUUUAAUAAGGAAUAAGAAAUACUUUGGGACAUUAAUUUUAUUCAAUAUGGAGCUUACAGAAGACGUACUUUCUUUCCAUGUUUUAAUGGGUCACAUGAUAUAGGAAUUUAUAUAUGGAUAAUUUCGGAUUACCGGUACAUUUUUUCUGUAGAUAUACAAUGAUUUUGUGAUAAUUUUUACUAAUCAUUUCCUCUGCAAGCUGAAGCCCUUUAUCUCUGAGUAUGUGUAACAUGGGCCGUGAUGAAUAUUGAAUGAAAGGAGCUGAGGAAGAGGACAGCUACCUGUAACACCUGUACUGUACACCUGGACAGGUACACCUGUAGGGGCUCCAGUGAUGGCGUACCUGGGAUACAGCGAGGAUUUUGAGCUGGAUGAUGACGGAAUUCUUAGAGACUCCAUGUCAUCGGGUGGAGGAAUUCUGAUUGAUGAUGAUGGGAUUUUAAGGGACAGCUUUGACACUCAAAGUAAAUACACUGCAGGAUCUACAGGGACUCAUUGGACAGACUCGGGACUCGAGCGAGACAAGCAGAGUGCAGGGAGCAGCUCCACUCUGAGACACUCUGACCUUCAUUCCUUUCCGAGCUAUGACGAUGUGUCCCAUCCGCUGGGAGAAAAUGCCAACAUCAGUGAUUUAGAGGCCUCCAAGGAUGAGCUUAGUUUUGAUCGGGAUUCUAUGGUGGAUGGUGAUGAGGAUGAGCUAGUUAGUAGCAGGCCUCAUCUCAGUCUCUCUAAACUCGGUGAUAGAAGCCUUCAAAGUAGCAAUAGAAGCAGCUUUGAUCAUUCUCUCGCCUUCGAAAGUACCGAUCCCAAAAGUGGGUCAGAGAAAGAUUUGUUUGACCCGGAAUAUUACAAACAGCUACAAGAGCUUGGUGUAUUAGUCGAUGGAACUGAAUUCGAGAACAAAAACUCACUGAAUGAGUUUGAAGAAUUAGAGGCUCAUGUGUCUCGUGAUAAUAUUGAGUUGAGUGAUGAGGAGCAGGGAGAUUCUGAGGAGGACAUUGAACAGUUCCUGAGGAGGACCCCGACACGAGAACAGUUGCUUGGGGAUUAUAUGGGACAUCGUCACGGGGAGCGCUAUCAUGAUACAAGCAGGGACAGCCGAGAUCACGAUGAUGUAGUCUCCAGAACUCGUCCCAGCACAGCUAACUCAGCCAGAACAAUAGGAAGUGAGCCGUUCCCAGAGAUUUCACCAGAGGAAGCUCUACAGUUGUAUCAGGAACAGCUGGGAUACAGGGAUCAGCUAGACAUUGUGGAUAAUGAUGCAGAGAGCAUAGAGUUUCAGGAAUCACAGCAGACUCCACAGGAAAAUGAUGAUGACGAAAUUUUCAUCAUAACGAGUCGUAUUUCUGAUCAACCAAGCCCCGCCAAAAUCAAAGCUUACCAUAAUGAUAGAGGUGCCCCCUCUAUAAGCCCAAGGUCUUUGACCCCCAAAUCAAACCAGAGUAGCAGACCCACCAGUCGAGUGAGCGAGAGGGGCAGCAGUCGAGGGAAUACCCCAUACAGGGAGGGACCCAGUUUCAUCCAUGACAGAUCAUUUGAUGAUGAUUCUCGUAGGGAUGGAUCAGUGACGCCAGUUUCUGCCAUUAACACCGACUCAAGGCCAUCCACUAGACAGGGUUCAAGGUCAGGGACCCCCCUACAGAGACCGGACUCUGCAGCGAGCCAGAGGUCAGCAGCAUCAGAACACUACUCAACUCACUCCAAAUCCAAGAGGAGUCCCACCAACAACCUCUCCAAAGCUCGGUCCCAGGAGAGCUUCUUUGAGAAGGAGAACGAACUACCAGCAGCAGGAAGAAAACAGGGCGAAAAAAUGCCAAAACGCUUGCUGCCCAAACCCUCCGAGGUCAACACCCCUCUGAAGGUCAAGAGCAAAAGUACCACCAACAUCUCAGCAAACAGGACCAAGCCAAUGAAGCCCAAGUAUUCUUCCAUGUCUAUGUCGCUGGUCAAUAUCGAUAUCGGGGAGGGGGAUGAACACAGCGAGGUCAUCAGUGCCUCCUCUGACAAAUCCCGCACAGAGCUGUCGUCCAAACUUCACCAGGAGUUCAACAAGAGAAAGCAGGCGACGGAGCUUGUGCAGCAGUUACAGCUGGACUACGACAAGCUUCUGUCCAAGUACGCUCAGGCCGAGCUCACCAUCGAUCAGCUCAGGCUCGGGGCCAACGUCACGCUGCACACAAACUCCCCCACCCCCCUGCAGGCCAGCCAGGGGGCACUCCCCUCCCCCCAACAACCCCAGACCAUCCAGAUGGGACAGAUUGGCAGAGGAGUGAAGUCCCCCUCCCCAUUCCAAGGGUCCCUGGGAGUUCCCAGUCCCAUUACACUGACAGAGAGUGCAGCUCUCAAUUCCUACUCAGACCAACCCGAUGGCCGCAGGAAUUCUACGCGGGGGCUCUCCCCCCUCCUCAGCUCUGGUCACUCACAGACUGACCCCCGGGGGAAUAUCUCGAUGGACCAUGGAGCUGAGAGUGUCAAGGUCGGACUCAGCUUCCAGACUCAGAACCUCAGUGAAAGGAUGGAUUCCUUCCAAGCUAUGCUUGACGUAGGGGAGGGAAUGUCGCAUGAAAACCAAGAGAAAAUCUUUGACCAGAUCCGCAACGACCAUGAGAAGUUACGGAAAGACUACUUGCAAGUGAAGGAGGAUUACAACACGCGUAAGAGGACAAGCGGAACUGGGGAUGUUAAUUUCGAUGAGGACAAAGAAUUGGAGGGCGAACUUUUCCGCCUUGGGAUGAAGUUUGAUGACAUUCAUCAGAAAGUGGAGGAAAAUCGUAAAGAGAAGCAUUCUCAGAGACAGCCAUUUCAGUCGAAUCGUCGACAGUCUGACAGCGAUAUUCUAACGUCAGGCAUGAGUGACCAGGAGAUGCGGUCGGUGGACCAGAUGAAGCGUAAAAUCAGGGGCGUGAAAGCAGGGAACGAUUUAAUACAACCUAAACCAAACAAAGAGUUUGAACAAAAAAUCGAGAAGCUGCAUGUUGAGUACAAUGCUCUGAUGGAUCGGUACAGACGACUGAAGCAGAUGGCCCAGACCCCAGAGAGAGACAGGGAGAUUGACAAUCUAGUGAGGAAAUUGUAUGAAAUUAGUCAGCAGGAACCAGAUGUCUUUAAAAUGCCACAUGAACUUGAAGACAGUAGCUCUAACUCUGUCUUGUCCAAUGAGACAAGUCUAUGGGAGGAAGAGGAUACACCUGACAGGUGGCAGCAGCUGGAGCGAGGAGAUAAUGAGGACGACUCGGUGUUCAGCAGCAGACGACAGUCGCUCAAUUCCCAGGGCAGCAGACGUCCCAGUAAAGAGGACUCGGGGAGGGGAUCAUUCGCUAAAACAGAGAAUAAACCAUUCACCAGGGACCCCCAGUCAUCUGACCACACGGUAGGAAGUACAAGGUCACUGCACACCUCUGACCUUGACCCACAUUCAGACUCGCUGGGUCGGAUGCGCGACUCCAGUAUGUCUGGCAGUCGUAGCAGUGUCUCCUCCAGAGGGCGCUCACCGCGAGACUCCACGUUUGACCGGGACUCCCCCACCCCAAGGCUGCCCCGACCCCGCCGACACGACCACAGGGAACCCCGGUCAGGGAACCUCAAGAAGCGAUAUUUCAAGUUGAUGGCAGAAUCAGGAGAGAGACCAGAGGCCGGCAGUUUUAGCAGUCUGCAGGACAGUGGUAUAUCAGACCAGGAGGGAUCCCGCCCCAGAGAGAGGGGUGCUAGCGGCGGGGGAGGAGCUCUGUCCAAUCUCCCUGGCCCGGGGACGUUCAAACAGAUGACCAAGCAGCGCCAUGCAGGGGAUGCAGACAGUGGGUUCAUAGGGUCAAUGGUGGGGUCAGAGGUCAGCGGCCAGGCCUCGGCCCGGCAACAGCAGGGGCAGGGGACCCUGAGGCUCCGACAGUCUGAUAGCGGCAGUGACAGACCAAGAUCACGUUCCUCAAGAUCAUCUCGAGCUGAUGACUCCUCUGUGGCGAGCUCGAGAACAGGACGUAAACAAGAGAGACCUCCAUCUCGUGAGUCGGCUCAGUCUGGUCGCAGAAGUAACAACCAGUCUCGAGAUUACACAGAUGACAGCUACACCCUCACUGAGAGCGAGAUGAGUUUUGACAUUCCAGAAUCUCGACCAAGACGCUCCAGUCGAGAUGUCCGAAGUGGAAGGAGGAGCGUGGACCUGCCAAUCAAAGAGGAGGAAGAAGAGGAUUUUGAGGAGUCUGAGCGACCAAGAUCCACUCAGAGUCAGGGAUCCAGGCGAAGUCAGAGAGUUCAGGAGACCCCGCUCAAAACUCCCAAGAAGCCCGCCAAAAACAAUGUGUCCUUCUCUGAGUUUUCUGAUGAGGAACUGACUCCACGGGCCGAGAGGAGUUACAAUGAGAGUAGAGAGAUCCUUUCCUCAGAGGACAACACUCCCAGGGAACAACCAAUCAGACCAGAGCAGCGGGUCGAGACCCAGAGGGCCACAGUGUCCCGCCGCGAGGAGAAAGCCCGACCCUCCACACCCGGUGCCAAGAAAGAACCGCCUCGCCCUCCCACCCCCAAAAUACCCACACCCAGGUCGGACAGGUCUGGGGCCUCCAGCAGAAGAAACCAGGUGCCCCCGUUAGAGAUUUCCCGACCAAGGGCCCCCGAGGAGACCCGUCGGCCGGUUGUGGAGGACAGGGGAGUGGGGUCAGACAGUGAUGAUACAGUGAGGGGGUCAGUCGCCACAGCAGCCACUAAAGGAUCAGACAGCAGCGAAAAGUUUAAGCUGCUGCAGGCUGAAAUAGGCCGACUGAGGGAAGAAUUCCAGAUGGCUGCCUCUCAGAACCGCCAAACACCACCCCAGGAACCUCCCCCUUCCCAGCAUCCCCCAACCAGGGAGGAUGAUAGGGACAGAUACUUCGAUCCCACUGAGGAUCCUUAUGCCUUCAUGAUGGGGCCUCGCCGAAGAGCCAACUCAUUUUCUGGAGCAGGGGCUCGGGACUGGAAUGAUUGGUGGAAAUAUCCACCCAAUCAACAGCAGGAUGACAUUCCACUCGGCUACGCUGCCGCUGAUUCAUUUAAUCCAAACAGUCGAGUUCCACCGCAAGUGUUACCGGAACCUCAGCGCUCAAGAGAAAAGAAACGAAUAAAGCGUAAAUAUAGGAAUCGAGCGGCAGGGACAGAAUUUCCUGAUGAAUAUGAUUCCGACCAGUCACCCUCCCGUGUGACUGCUACCACGGCCACUGAUGAACAGUUGUACAGUUAUUAUGUACCUCGAUAUCAAGCAGCACGAACCCAGACCCAUCAGCAACCAGUCCGAAUGCAGCGAUUUGCAUCCCAGCCCAAUCUGCUGCAAAAUGCAACCUUCCAGGCUGCUCCCCCACAACCCCCACCCCAGCAGUCUGUCCCCCCUCCCCCUCAGUACCCCAAUGUGCCAACCACCUCCUAUGCAGCGCCUAUAUCAGCCGGAUACAGCAGACUGAGGUCUUCUCUCCGUAAUCACCCAACACAGCCAGUGUACCAAGCCCCACAAUAUUCCUACGAUGACUUAGACACUCGUGGCCAGCAACCAAUCGGAUACCUUGUUACAACCCAGCCUCCCCCUCCCCCGCCAGUGGCGCCCCCUGUGUAUUUGGAACAGACCGCGGCCUGUCCUAUGUGUGGGGGCAGUGGAGUACAUUCUCAUGGAGAGUUUGUGUAUGAAGCGCCCCCGAGUGAGCAGCCGGUGACCUACGUUAUACAGAGUCCACCAAGGGGCCGUCCCAGAAGAAGAUCAAAGUCGGCGUCUCGGGUGCGACACUACUCUCCCGAUGGCAGGAACCGGUCACGCUAUCUGAUCAGGGAGUACAUCAGUGACGAUAGCUCGAGCGCCGAGUCCGAGGACGAUAUUAUCUACAGGAGGAGGAGUAGAAGUGCAGGAAGAAGAUCAAGAGUACGAACACAUCAAGUACGAAAAUACAAAAAGUCUCAUGAAUUUGAAGAUGAACUGGAAAUGUCCUUGAACCUGUCUGAAGAAAUUGGGGAAAUGACGCAGAGAAUGGUCAGUAGAGCCAAGAGUGGGCUGGCCCUUUCCCGGCGGAAAGACUUUGGCUCCUCCUACUGGUGAAUAUAAUUAAGGGAAAAGAACAAAGCCAUGGAUUGUGUAUAAACAAUGGAAUAACAAAGUGAUGUCAAAACUGAUAAAAUGUGCUCGCAAUAUGUGGUUCAUGGAGACAUUCUAAAUCAUGUCAGGGAAGUCCAAGGAUUGUACUAUAUUAGUAUAGAGAGGCCAUCUGUAGGUACACUCAUUAACCGGACUGGGCAGAAGGAGAGUGAUCUUGCCAAACCUGAUGUUUGAGGGGUCGUCAACUGUGUCUCGUGUGGUCCCCCUCAAAAUCAGGACAAUGUCGUAGCAUGGACAGUGUAACAGGGACGGUGACUGAUGAUUUAAAGAACACCUUUAGAGUGAGGAAAACGUACUUAGGCAUAUGGUGACUGUAAAAAAAAAUUUUAUACACCAAUUAUACAUAUAUAUAUUUAUUAAAAUCAAAUUCAUAUGUGAUAUUAUACAACUUUUAAGAAUGCAUUAUUUAUUGUUUGACAGAAUGUAUAUAUAUAUUUUGUACACUUUUUGACCGUCUUUAGCAAGGGUGUGGUGAAAAUGGUGGGAAUCUGUUAGAAUCUGGGGCCCCAUACAGGGUUUCUCUAAGAACCCAGAUCUAGAGAACACUGUACUUAACAUUUGUACUUAGCGACAAGGAACAUGUACACUGUACAAUUUCAUUUGAACAAAUUCUUUAUUUGAUUUGACACAAGUCCGUCCAGAAUCCCUUUUACUGAUGUGUACUAACUUAAUAUUAGCUGUUAUUUUUACUUGUGAUAUAUUUUUACAUUGUAUUUACAAUAUAUUUUUACCAUAUACCCAUAUUUUUCAAGAUCUGAUACAGAUAAUUCUUUAACAUUUGCAAAACCUUCCAUUACACCUAACCACCACUCGAGGAUAGUGAGAUGGAAUGAAUAAGACUUGAUCAUCAAGUACAGAGGAAUACUUGAGAUAUGUACUGCAGUUGUUGAGAUAUCUCGAGUCUAGUGAGAUUAGUCAAGUGGUGUUGUGUAUUUCACAAUUACAUAGUAGUUAGAUACCCGUCCAAUGAGCUCUUUGUUCGUCUCUCUGGCUGUGGAGAUUCCAAUAUCCAUAUGCUGUCUGUGAUAACUGACAAUUUAUUGUUUUAAUUUUUAAUUUUAUAUGUUUAAUUUUUUAUUUAUAUAUUUAUGUAUUGGAGGAUGGAAAAUUGCAUUUUACUCCAUAUCAUUUUAUCCAUUUAUCAUUUGAUUAUGUCAAUUCCUAAAAUCACAAAAUUAAACUACCCUAUGUGAAAUCAUU